AUGGCGUACGAUGUUGGGUUCAUUUUUCAUCUUACUACCAUUUGCAAUGGAUUAUAGAGUCUAGAUCUAGAUCUAGUUACUACUACUUCCAUUAACACUGUCUAUUAAACGUAAAACUAAUAGAAUCCAAUUGAAAGCUUAAAUACAAACAUUUCUUAUCAAGAAUCUCUCUAAAAUGUCUAUGAUAGCGAAAAAUCGCAUCCAUAGUACCUGGACACCAUUGAGCAAUGAAGAAGCCAACACAAAGAUAUUUGAAGAAAGAAAAAAUCUUGUUGGCAAAUGGUUUCAAAAAUGGAAUGAUGAUCAAAGAAGGCAACUUUUUGAAGAGCUGGUUGGGAUCAGCAAAAGAAAACAAUUAGAAUAUGCCAGAGAGCUGAUAGACAGCAGGGUCCCUUGCACGAAGGAUGACUUCACUAGAUAUUUACCCAGGGUGAUCACCCUGUACAUCUUUUCUUUUCUCGAUGCUCGCAGUUUGUGUCAGUGUGCCCAGGUGUGUUGGUAUUGGAGAUAUUUAAGUGAGCUGGAUCAGUUGUGGAUGUCAAAGUGUUUACAUUUUGGCUGGAGCCUUACGUUCACUCCUAGUCCUUAUGAAAAUGGCAUAUGGAAGAGAAACUUUAUUGAACAGUUUAAGAUUUUCCAAGCUUUGAUGCCAAAGAGCCCCCCUGUGUCUGACAUGAGCAAGCUAAAGUUAAAAGAAAAAUCAGUAAAGGGAGGUAAGAAGCCCUCUGGUCCUGUUCCAUGGAGAGGGUCUGAUCCAGUUCCCAAAGACACCUGGAGAUACAACUACCUGAACAAUGACGAGGUGUUGGACCAAGUAGCGAAGCUGCGCCAGAGAAAAGCUUAUGGAUCAACAACAGACGAUCUAGUGAAAAAAGCUCGUAGUAAAGUUAAUACAGGAUCUAAUGUGCUAAACUCACUUAGUAGAUCACAAAGUUUAACACGGAUGAGCUCUGGGAUGGAGGAAUCUGAGAGGCCCAAGUGGGCGCAGCAAGUGAAGACACAAUUUCUACACAAGAACAAAAUGAAAGAAAAUGGCCUCCUGGCGAAGAUCGCACGGCCGGGGCCCGUCAGUCCACCCCCUCGUCUGACCCACUCCAGGCCAACCACAUCACGCACUCCCAGGGAUCCCCCCAGCACAGAACUUUUCCCUCACACACCGUGGAAGAUUCCAUCACAGGAAGAAGAUUCAGAUACUGAGGUGCACUGACCUUCAUUGACAUGAUCCUACUAUUUCUAGUGCCCAUAUUCACAUCAUAUAUACCCAUAAUCUGUCCAUUAUUUUAUUUUGUUUAAAAUCCAAUAUCAAAAUAAUAAUGUAUAGAAAAGCUUUAUGAAUUAAGUAGUAUUUGAUUUUUAGAAUUAAUUUGAUGAAAAAGUAAGCCUUUUUAAGAGUGAAAAGAAUCCAUGCCUUUAUUACUAACAUGGAUUAAAAGAAUUGUUUCAAUCCUUUUUAGAUAAAUUGUUGUUUUCUCAUAAAAAUUAAAUUGUGCCUUUUUAUAAAUAUUUAAAUUUUUAACAAACCUAAAGUAUACACAUUUUCUUAAAUUAACAAAUAUUCUGUAAAUAGAAAAUAAUUUAAGCAGGAACUUGA